AGCCAAACACAGGUUGUUAUCCAAAAUUGUAAUGAGAACAUUCGUAGCCGUAUCUGGUAAAGCAAAGUAUUGAUUCCCAAACAGUGGCUUGAAAGUGGAAAACCUACAUUAUCAUUGAUUCGCUCUCUCAUUUUCAGUUUUCCCUCCACUCUCUCUCUCUCUCUCUCUCUCUCUCUCUCUCGCUAUAUAUAUAUAUAUAUAGUCGCUGUGUUUUAGUGUGCCAUUUGAAUCACAGAUAGCUCAAAGUUUCUGCUUUUCAGAAACCCAAAUACACCCUUUCAGCGAGAGAGAAAAAGGAGAAGUUUAUCUUUUGGAAAUGGAUGCCACAUCUCCGAAUUCACAAAGUCGGCCAUUUUCGAUUAAGCUAUGGCCUCCUAGCGAAAAGACAAGACAAGUGCUUGUGAAGCGAAUGAUAAAUAAUCUUACAACUAAAUCCAUUUUCACUGAGAAGUAUGGCACUCUGAGUGAAGAAGAUGCUGAGGAGAACGCAAAACAAAUUGAGGAUGUGGCUUUUACCACUGCAGAUCAGCACUAUGAAAAGGAACCAGAUGGUGAUGGAGGUUCUGCAGUGCAGCUUUAUGCAAAGGAAUGCAGCAAACUUCUUCUGGAUGUUCUGAAAAGAGGUCCUAAGAGCAAGGAUAGGAAUGUGACAUCUGAGAGUAAAAGUGGAUCUCUUGAAACUCUUUUUGAUAUAUCUAAAGGCCAACGAGCCUUUAUUGAGGCUGACGAGGCUGAGGAACUCCUAAAGCCACUGAAGGAGCCAGGGAAUUCUUACUCUAAGAUUUGCUUCAGCAAUAGAAGCUUUGGUUUAGAAGCAGCUCGUGUUGCUGAACCCAUUUUGGCUUCCCUUAAGAAUCAGUUGAAAGAGGUAGAUCUAUCAGAUUUCAUUGCUGGAAGACCUGAGGCUGAAGCUCUUGAAGUCAUGAACAUAUUUGCAGCUGCCCUGGAAGGUAGUGUCUUGAAAUCUUUGAAUCUCUCAAAUAAUGCCCUGGGCGAGAAAGGUGUUAGGGCAUUUGGAGCAUUGCUUAAAUCCCAAGUAGGGUUGGAAGAGCUGUAUUUAAUGAACGAUGGCAUUUCAGAAGAGGCUGCUCGAGCUGUUUGUGAGCUGAUUCCUUCCACAGAGAAGCUUAGAGUCCUUCAAUUUCACAACAACAUGACAGGAGAUGAAGGGGCAGUUGCUAUCUCUGAGGUUGUGAAGCGUUCGCCCCUAUUAGAGGAUUUCCGUUGCUCCUCAACAAGGAUAGGCUCUGAAGGGGGAGUUGCCUUAUCUGAAGCACUGGAGACUUGUACGCAUUUGAAGAAGCUUGACUUGCGGGACAACAUGUUUGGUGUAGAAGGUGGAGUUGCUUUGAGUAAAGCACUGUCAAAGCAUGCAGAUCUAACAGAAGUUUACCUUAGCUAUCUGAAUCUUGAAGAUGAGGGUGCAACUGCAAUAGCAAAUGUUAUCAAGGAAUCAGCUCCUGCACUUGAAGUUUUAGAGAUGGCUGGAAAUGACAUAACUGCUGAAGCUGCUGCUUCUCUAGCAGCUUGUAUAGCAGCUAAGAAUCUUCUCUCUAAGCUGAAUUUGUCUGAGAAUGAACUCAAGGAUGAAGGUGCCAUCCAAAUCAGUAAGGCAAUAGAAGGUCAUACACAGUUAAAAGAAGUUGAUUUGAGCACCAACUUAAUAAGAAGAGCUGGGGCUCGUGUUUUGGCUCAGGCUGUAAUUCAGAAGUCUGGUUUUAAUUUGCUGAACAUCAAUGGGAACUUCAUCUCUGAUGAAGGCAUUGAUGAGGUCAAAGACAUAUUUAAGAAAACCCCUGACAAACUGGGGCCGUUGGAUGAGAAUGACCCUGAAGGAGGGGAUGAUGAUGAAUCUGGAGAUGGUGAAGAUAAUGAGGAUGAAUUAGAAUCAAAGCUGAAAAACCUUGAAGUUGGUCAGGAGGACUAGAGUGUCUGUUAGGUCAAGUGGUUUCUUCUCAUUUCUGGAGUACUAUAAGCCUCUUGAACUUCAUUUUCAAGAGGGGAAUUUAUGGCGUUUAGGAUAGACCGUUCUUAGAAUUUUAUCAUGAAUCAGUAAGGAAUCACUUUAUGGAACAUUAAAUUAGUAUUGUUAGGUGUACUGGAUGUUUAGUAUCUGUUUCUUAUCAAAUUAUCUUGUUUGUUGGGAACUUCAGUAGUUCAGUGAAUUCCAUCAGAAAUCUUGUAGAUUUUACCUUUAUUUUGCCUUUGACACACCAAAAAUGAUCUUUGAUGGUGUGGCAACUCACAAUGAGUAUUUUACAUUGCCAAUGCAAAUUUUAGGUUCUGAUUUUA